AUUCCACACUGAUUCUAUACAAUUUUCUGAAAACAUAAAUGAAGAAGCUAGUGUGAAAUCAAAGGCAAGUUCAAUAGUUCAUAGUAUUCUUCAUGGUUCAGCUGCUACAAAAGAAGAAGAAAAACAUACUCAUUCAAAGUUAAUUGCACGUGGUAAAUAUGUUCAUGAGUUUCAAAAACAUAAAAUAAAACCAGAAUAUGUUAAUGAUUACAUAAAGCUCAUAUCUUUACAUUGUCCUAGAAUUGCCAAUGAUCCAGAUAAUUCAGUUCAUCUUUGUGGUAGUUGGCAGACUGAAAUUGGCGAUCUUGAUACUUUUGUUCAUAUCUGGGAAUAUUAUGGAUAUAAAGGAUACCAUGAUACAUACAAUAGAUUAAAUAAUGAUUCACAAUAUCAACAAUUUCUAAAAGAGAUUCGACCUAUGCUUUUGAACCGCUAUAGUCAGAUAUGUUUAGAGUUUGCUUUUUGGAAAACAAGCCCACCAGCAGUUCAUGGUGGAAUUUAUGAGUUGAGAACUUAUGAACUUAAAGUAAUGCAUCGUGGUCUCGAGUGUCGUAGACAAUUCUGUGAACCUGUUGGUGCUUGGUUUUCUCAGUUGGGAUUGUUAAAUCGUGUUCAUCAUAUGUGGCAAUACCCUGAUCUUGAAAACCGUAAAAUCACACGUGAAAAGGCUUGGGAGGUUGAUGGUUGGGCAGAGACAGUUUAUAAAACUGUUCGGUUGGUUCAAAAAAUGGAAACAAACAUUUUAAAACCAUUGGAUUUUAGCCCAUUAAGAUAG